GCCCAGGAGGUGAAGCUUCGCUUCCUGGAGCAGCUGAGCAUCCUUCAGACCCGGCAGCAGAGGGAGGCAGAUCUACUGGAGGACAUCAGACCUGUUGGAAGGCUGGCGGACACUGUACCCAGGCCCCCAUCAGUCCUCACCUCCAAGCCCACAGAUGGUUCUCCAGGGGUGGGGAGGAUCGUGCUGAGGCUCUGAGCAGUGAGGUCCUACAGCAAGCAGAGGGCAGCCAUUGAGCGGGAGUAUGGGCAGGCACUCCAGAAACUGGCUGGGCCAUUCCUGAAGAGGGAAGGGCAUCGGAGCGGGGAGAUGGACAGCAGGGGCAGGAUGGUGUUUGGUGCCUGGCGCUGUCUGCUGGAUGCUACUGUGGCUGGAGGCCAAGCACGGCUCCAGGCAUCUGACCGAUACCGUGACCUGGCAGGGGGCACCGGGCGGAGUGCCAAGGAGCAGGUGCUUAGGAAGGGAGCAGAGAACCUCCAGAGGGCACAGGCUGAGGUGCUGCAGUCUGUCCGGGAGCUGAGCCGAAGUCGGAAGCUGUACGGGCAGCGGGAACGUGUGUGGGCCUUGGCACAGGAGAAGGCUGCUGAUGUCCAGGCCAGGCUGAACCGCAGUGACCAUGGGCUCUUCCACACUCGGACCAGUCUCCAGAAACUCAGCACCAAGCUGUCCACCCAGUCAGCCCAGUACUCCCAGCAGCUGAGAGCGGCCCGCAAUGAAUACCUGCUCAACUUGGUGUCCACCAAUGCCCAUCUUGACCACUACUACCAGGAGGAACUGCCAGCCCUGCUCAAGGCCCUGGUCAGUGAGCUAUUGGAACAUUUGAGAGACCCCCUGACCUUACUGAGCCGCACUGAGCUGGAAGCUGCAGAGACGGCCCUGGAGCAUGCCCGCCACGGAGCGCAGGCAACCUCCCAGGUAAGCUGGGAGCAGGACCUGCAGCUCUUCCUUCAGGAGCCCGGGGUGUUUUCGGCCACACCACCUCAGAAGUUUCAGCCAGCAGGGAAUGAUCAGGUGUGUGCCUUGGAGCUGGAAGGGCACGCAGGUGUGGCUGGGGAGAGUGACCUGGAGAAAGAGGUUCAGCGCUGGACGAGCCGAGCUGCCCGAGACUACAAGAUCCAGAACCACGGGCUUCGGGUGCUGCAGCGGCUGGAACAGAGGCGGCAGCAGGCUCCAGAGCGGGAGGCUUCAGGCCUAGAGCAGCGGCUGCAGGAAGUGAAGGAGAGCAUCCGGCGGGCACAAGUGAGCCAGGUGAAGGGCGCUGCCCGGCUGGCCCUGCUGCAGGGGGCUGGCCUGGAUGUACAGCUCUGGCUGAAGCCAGCCAUGACCCAGGCCCAGGAUGAGGUGGAGCAGGAGCGACGGCUCAGCGAGGCCCGGCUGUCCCAAAGGGACCUCUCUCCCUUGGCUGAGGAUGCUGAGCUCUCUGACUUUGAGGAAUGUGAAGAGACAGGGGAACUCUUUGAGGAGCCUGCCCCCCCAGCCCUGGCCACCAGGCCUCUCCCCUGCUCCGCACAUGUGGUGUUUGGAUAUCAGGCAGGGCGUGAGGAUGAGCUGACGAUCACAGAGGGAGAGUGGCUGGAGGUCAUAGAGGAGGGAGAUGCCGACGAAUGGGUUAAGGCUCGGAACCAGCAUGGUGAGGUAGGCUUUGUCCCUGAGCGGUAUCUCAACUUCCCGGACUUCUUCCCUGAGAGUGGCCGUGAUAGCGACAAUCCUUCGGGGGCAGAGCCCACAGCGUUCCUGGCCCGUGCCCUGUACAGCUAUACGGGACAGAGCACAGAGGAGCUGAGCUUCCCUGAGGGAGCACUCAUCCGCCUGCUGCCCAGGGCCCAGGAUGGAGUGGAUGACGGCUUUUGGAGGGGAGAAUUUGGGGGCCAUGUUGGAGUCUUCCCCUCCCUGCUGGUGGAGGAGCUACUUGGCCCCCUAGGGCAGCCUGAAUGCUCAGACCCUGAACAGAUGCUGCCAUCCCCUUCUCCUCCCAGCUUUUCCCCUCCUGCACCCACCUCUGUCUUGGAUGGGUCCCCUGCACCUGUCCUCCCUGGAGACCAAGACCUGGACUGCCCGGGCCCCCUGGACAUGAUGGCGCCCCGACUCAGGCCGAUGCGUCCACCGCCUCCGCCACCGGCUAAAGCCCCAGAUCCUGGCCACCCAGAUCCCCUCACCUGAAGCCAGAGGGAUCACCGCCCGUGAGGGAAGCUGCUGCCGCCCCUGUCUCCACGCUGUCAGAGACCACUCCUCAGUGAUCCGGAGUGACACAGCCAAAAGCUGUAAUUUCCCCCAUUUCCACUCUCCCCACUUCCGGGGCUGGAACCCACUCUUCCUUUUCCCCCAUCAUCCAUCCUCCUGCCAUCUCCGAGGCUGAAACUACCGCUGUCUCUUCUGCCACCAGUCCAUCUCUAAGGUGGUGAAAUACCCUAAAAUUGCUGGGGCUGGACCCCAUCCCCCAAAGUCUUGAGUGGCUCUGGCCCAUCUAUGUCUCCACCCUGGCUCUGUG